AUGACCGACAGCAAAUAUGUCACCGUGGAUGAUGUACGCAAACUGAUUGUCAAAGGCGUGAGCAUUCAGGUCAUUGAUUCUAAAGAGGAAACAGACAUCACCCGGUCGGUGCUGCUGCAGAUUCUGGCGGAGCAGGAACAGGAAGGGCAUGGCACUAUCCUGACCAAUCGCACGAUCGAGCAACUGAUUCGAUUUUAUGGAGACAGCGUUGGGCGGGUCGUAAGUCGUUAUAUUGAAGAAGCGAUUUCCGCGUUUAUAGAGCAGCAGGAGCUGUAUCGCGACCGCAUGCGUCAGUUUAACGCGCUGAAUCCGCUGAACGUCAUGCGCCAGGCCUUUGAAUCGAGUUUCAAAAGCGACGCCGCAAAAACGCGUUCUGCAGCUGACAAGACGACUGGCGGCCCGAAAAAGCCAACACCGGAAGACGACUCAGCUGCCUGA